CUCUUCCUCUAUUUCCUCGCUGCUCUAUAAAUACUUGAACCAUCAUUAGCUCCUGAUUGGAAACCUAAGAAAGCCUGCACCCCAUCCCAUCUUGUUAUUAUUCUCUUUUCUUUUGUGCGAAGAGAUAUUUGAUUUGAUUAGGUUUUGAUUUUGAUUUUGGGAAAGGUUUGAAGGAACAGGAAAAAUGGAGAUGAUGAGCAGCCAAGCAGGAGCAGGGAAGAAGCCUAAAACCAAGAUCGUUUGCACUCUAGGACCCGCGUCGAGAUCUGUUCCCAUGGUGGAGAAACUUUUGAGGGCAGGCAUGAACGUCGCCCGCUUCAACUUCUCCCACGGAUCUUACGCCUACCACCAGGAAACCCUCGAUAAUCUCAAGGCCGCCAUGAACAACACCGGUCUUCUCUGUGCCGUCAUGCUCGAUACCAAGGGUCCGGAGAUUCGAACUGGGCUUUUGAAGGAUGGCAAGCCCAUCAAUCUGAAACAGGGCCAAGAGAUCACAAUAUCAACUGAUUAUAGCAUUAAGGGCGAUGAGAACAUGAUUUGCAUGAGCUACAAAAAGUUGGCUGAGGAUGUAAGGCCGCAGAGUGUGAUACUUUGUUCUGAUGGCACAAUCACAUUGACAGUUCUCUCGUGUGACACAGAAUUGGGUUUGGUAAGAUGCCGCUGUGAGAACUCUGCAGUUCUUGGCGAGAGGAAGAAUGUCAAUCUUCCCGGGGUCAUUGUGGACCUCCCAACUUUGACAGACAAAGAUCAGGAAGAUAUAUUAGAAUGGGGAAUCCCCAAUAAAAUAGACAUGAUUGCCCUGUCAUUUGUUCGAAAAGGUUCAGACCUCGUGGAAGUUCGAAAGCUGCUAGGAGAGCAUGCAAAAAAUAUCCUUCUUAUGUCAAAGAUUGAAAAUCAAGAAGGGGUGGCAAAUUUUGACGAAAUCCUUGCAAAUUCAGAUGCAUUUAUGGUGGCAAGAGGUGACCUUGGCAUGGAAAUUCCUAUUGAAAAGAUUUUUCUGGCACAGAAGGUGAUGAUCUACAAGUGCAACAUCCAAGGAAAACCUGUUGUUACUGCAACCCAAAUGUUGGAAUCCAUGAUAAAAUCUCCCAGGCCGACUCGAGCUGAAGCCACCGACGUUGCCAAUGCAGUUCUAGAUGGCACAGACUGUGUGAUGCUGAGUGGUGAAACAGCUGCUGGAGCUUACCCAGAACUUGCAGUUCAAACAAUGGCUAAGAUUUGCAUAGAAGCAGAAAGCACACUCAAUUACGGAGAUGUCUUCAAAAGGAUAAUGGAAAAUGCACCAGUACCUAUGAGCCCCUUGGAAAGUCUGGCUGCUUCUGCUGUUAGAACGGCGAACUCUGCUAGGGCAGCUCUUAUAUUGGUCCUGACCAGAGGAGGAAGUACUGCAAAGCUGGUUGCUAAGUACCGGCCUGGCAUGCCUAUAUUGUCCGUGGUUGUUCCUGAAAUAAAGACUGAUUCCUUUGAUUGGUCCUGCAGUGAUGAAGCUCCGGCGAGGCAUAGCCUUAUUUUUCGGGGGUUGGUUCCACUUUUAAGUGCAGGAUCUGCUAGGGCUUCUCAUGCUGAGUCAACUGAAGAAGCGUUGGAAUUCGCCAUUCAACAUGCGAAGGAAAAUGAUCUCUGCAAGAAUGGUGAUUCUGUUGUGGCUCUUCACCGAAUUGGAUCUGCAUCUGUAAUCAAGAUCUUAACUGUGAAGUGAAUAUCAUUUUGACGGGCUUCUUUCUUUUCGGCCAUUUUGAUUGAUGGUUGAGAGUAGAUUAUUUAGGAUGAAAGGAAAUUUUGUUUUUCCUUGUUUGAUUUCAUUACUGUUCUUGAAUAGGAAUCCUAUUAUUAUAUUUUUUUUGAGAAUUCAUUGCCCAAAAGUGAAUUCAGUAAGUGAUAUCUAAAUGUUAGGGUAUCAAACUGUUGCUCUAAAGCUACCACAAAACCUUCCUCGCUGAUCUUUCAAUCUUUUAUUCAGUUUUAUAUAAAAAGCCAUUUAUUC